GCCGGGCAUGGCGGCGGGCGGCGGGGAGCGGGCGGCAGGUGCAGCUCAGCAGGGAUGAGGAGCCGGCAGCGGAUGUUCGCAGCGGUGAUGCGUCUGCUCCUCAAGUGCCUGCGUCUGGGCCGGCGGCGGCGCUUUAAGCUGCUGCGGCAGGCAGGACAGCUGUGGCACUACGGGCACCUUUGCCUCCGCUCCCUGCUCUACAAUUCCUUCACCAACAGCGACGUGGUGCUUGACUCUCUCUUUGAGCCUGUCUACUGGCUGGUGGACCACGUCACCCGCUGGUUUGGUGUGGUGUUUGUGGCACUGGUGAUAGGGUUGACAAGCUCCAUCGUGGCCAUCGUAUACAUCUGCCUGCUGCCCCUCAUCCUGCAGACAUACACACCUGCCUGGAUCUGCUGGCAUCUUGCCUACGGACACUGGAACCUCAUCAUGAUUGUCUUCCACUACUACAAGGCCAUCACCACCUCGCCUGGGCACCCACCGCAGGCCAAGAACGAUCUCACUGGCGUCUCCAUCUGCAGGAAAUGCAUUGCCCCCAAGCCGGCUCGCACCCACCACUGCAGCAUCUGCAACAGGUGUGUGCUGAAGAUGGACCACCAUUGUCCCUGGCUCAAUAACUGUGUUGGGCACUACAACCACCGCUACUUCUUCUCCUUCUGCCUCUUCAUGACCAUGGGCUGCAUCUACUGCAGCAUCAGCGGCUGGGACAUGUUCCGGGAUGCCUAUGCAGCCAUUGAGAGAAUGAAACUGCUUGAGAAGGAGAGACUGCAGGUGGCCGCCAACCAGACAUAUUACCAGACCCCACCACCCACCUUCUCCUUCCGCCAGCGAGCUUUCCACAAGAGUGUGGUCUACCUCUGGGUCUUGUGCAGCUCAGUAGCAUUGGCCCUGGGUGCCCUCACACUGUGGCAUGCUGCCCUCAUCACCCGUGGGGAAACCAGCAUUGAGAGGCACAUCAAUAAGAAGGAGAGACAGCGACUGCAGAAGAAAGGCAAGGUGUUCAGAAACCCCUACAGUUACGGCAGCUGGGAUAACUGGAAGAUGUUUCUGGGAGUGGACGUGCCAAGGCACUGGCUCACCCGUGUCCUGCUGCCCUCUCCUCACUUGCCCCAUGGAACAGGCCUGAGCUGGGAGCUGCCUCCCUGCAUGACUGAGCAGCGCGCACCGCUCCUGGCCAUCUGAGGCCUGGAUGCUGCAGCAGUCCCUCCCUGCUGGCAGGGGAGCACACAGGGGACCCACUCCACAACCACAGCUCAAUUUGGCCUAAGUGGGUGGUGGAAGGCAGGUGCGCCAGCACACACCUCUUACCAGAGCCAGAGCUCUGGGAAAUGGAACUUUGAGGCCUGGUUGCCUGCUCUAUUAGCACCUCAGUGGCUGCAGGCAGCCCUCGGGAAGGGGGCAAAGCUGCUGUUCCUGUCUAGGUGAAAGUACUGCUCUCACAACGCACCAGUGUGGGCCAGUACAGGGCCUGGUGUCGCUCCAUGACAGGGCAGGGGGCAGAGGAUGGCUUAACUGCCCCCUAAGCAUUCCCCAGGGAGACUUUUUAAGAGCAUCCAAUAAAGGUGUUUGUGUUGUUUGUUUUUUUUAUAAAAAAGGAUGUUUGACUCUUUUUGGUGGUGGGGGAUACAGCUGGCUGAGGGCAGAGGAAGUCUUAUGAUUCCAGCUUGCAAGGAGGAGUAAGGGCCUGCACCCAGCACCUUCAGCUGUGUGACAGCUAGCACAGGCACUGGGGUCUCAGCCUGGGCUGCACCGAAACCCCACAUAGCAUUACCAAAACAGACAAGUUUAUUCCUCUUGCACAUGGGGGUGCUGUACAGAGCACCUGUGUGCACAAGCCUGCCCGUGCAAUUCACACAUGGCAAAUCUGUCCCUCA